UUUUAUCCGCUUUCAGCCGACACACCGGGAACUGGAGUCUCUUGAAGAUCAACUGCUCGACUGGCUUCUGACUCGAGUUAAGGCCUCGAGGCACAUGGAUAUAUGUCAUUGGAGCCGGUUGACACCAGACCUCGUUAGGCGCAUUGCUGAGUUUGCCAACGCGAACGAUGUGGCGGGGUCGUGGAUGCUCGUCGACCGCGCGACCGCAGCGGCCCUGCGUGGCAGCUAUUCUUUUAUAACACUUGGUCAAAAGCGGCAGUCUCGAUGGCGGACCCAUCGGGCCCAGCAGCCGUGGCCCAAGUAUGCCUUCGUGGCGCACUGGGGCCGCCCCGAGCCCUGGCGCUCGCUCAGCCUACCCCAGCGCGAGCGGCUGCUGUGCCUGGCCGCGUCCUCGGGCCACGUGCCCAGCCUGGACGCGGCCCUGGCGCAGUGCGGCUGCGCCCUGGAGCCGGAGGUGCUGACGGCGGCCGCCGCGGCCGGCAACCUGGCGGGCUGCGAGCGGCUGCUACAUGAGGGCUGCUCCUUUGACUGGGGCGCUCUCAGGCAGUCGGCGGAAGCGGGGCACUUGCGAGUUCUGCAGCUGCUGCUUGAAAGCUUCGAAUCAGUUCCCUUCAAGCUCUCGGACUUCUUGGCGAGGGCGGCCGAGGGCGCCUGCGCCGGCAGCCAGCCCCACGUCCUGGAAUGGCUGCAGCAGGCGCACGGCUACAGCCCCUGCUCAGGCAGCGCAGCAGCAACAGCUGCAGCCGUAGAGGUUGUAGUAGCUGCGGCGGAGGGUGGCCAGGUGGGGAUACUCGAGGGCCUGCUUGCCAGGAUGCCGGACGUGUUUCUUGGUGGGCAACACCAGCAGCAGCAGCAGCAGCAGCAGCAGCAGCAGCAGCAGCAGCAGCAGCAACUGCAAAACGAGCAGCAGGAAGGCGCGCCAGCAGCAGCAGCAGCAGCAGCAGCAGCAGCAGCAGCCAUGGCGGCAGAAGAAGACCCGUUAGCCGCCGUCUACUCGCGUCGCUUGCUGGCGGCGAUUGCCUACGGCUGCCCGCUGGAGGUGUUGGAGCGGCACUACCACUCGCACUGGCCCUGGCCGCCGCCCAUGCCGCCGCCCAUGCCGCCGCCACCGGCUGGCGACGGCGACAGCGAAGGGGAGGGCGACAGCGAAGGGGAGGGCGACAGCGAAGGGAAGGGCUCUGAGGACUCUGAGGGGGGCUUUGAAGAGGACUCUGAGGGGGGCUUUGAAGAGGACUCUGAGGGGGGCUUUGAAGAGGACUCUGAGGGGGGCUUUGAAGAGGACUCUGAGGGGGGCUUUGAAGAGGACUCUGAGGGGGGCUUUGAAGAGGACUCUGAGGGGGGCUUUGAAGAGGACUCUGAGGGGGGCUUUGAAGAGGACUCUGAGGGGGGCUUUGAAGGGGAAUCUGAUGAGGAGGGCGUUGAAGGGGACUCUGAGGAGGCCUUUGAGUUCCAGGACGAGGCGGAGGACGGCGGCGACAUCAUGGCGUGCAACUGGGGCCUCAUCUCGCUGCUUGACGCCGCCGUGGGCAGCCCCACACCCUGCUGGUCCGCCAAGCUCGACUUCCUGCUGGACGCUUGGGGGCCGGAGGUGGCGGGCCAGGUGCUGAGGGGCGAGCGCGGGAGUGUGCGGCUGCACCCGAAAUCCCGCCUAACCGCCGACUUGUGUGCGCGUCUGCGGCACCUGCACGAGCGCGGCAUGCCGCCUAGCCGGGCGGCGGUCGAGUCCGCGGUCCGCGGCGGGCAAGCCGACGCGUUGGCGUACCUUUGGGAUGAGUGCAGACUGCCGGUGAAGCAGUGCGACAUUGACUAUGGGCUGAAGGCAAUCCUCGGCAAAGGGCCGGACAGCUAUCUCGACCUACUGAAGCUGUUGCGGGCGCGCCGCGGCGUGUUCCUGGGCACACGCCACGCGAAAGACAUGGCCACAGAUGAGGCCGUGCUUUGGCUGGCGGGGGUGGCUGUGGAUGGCAUGAGCAGCUGUAGCAGUAGCAGCAGCGGCGAGAGUAAUGCAGACAGCGGCAGCAGCAGCGGCAGCAGCAGCGAUGGCAGUAGCAGCGAAGGUGCGGAGGUGCCUGAGACGGAGGUGGAAGGAAAGGAGGAGGAGCGGAGGGUGGAAUCCAACGCGGCGGCCGGGGGAGCUGAGGAGCACGUGCACGUCAUCAGCAGUCGCCGGGAUGAUACGCAUGACACGGGCAGCAGCAGCAGCGGCAGUAGCAGAUCGGGUAGCAGCAGUGGCGGGGAACGCUGGCGUGAGGACUGGACUGACGCUUUCAAGGCCGCUGCCAGGCGCGGUGCAGGCCUUGCCGCCCUGCGUGCGUUGCGCGCUCGCGGCGCGGCGGUGGACCUGGGUGCGGUGGCGGAGGGCGGCAGCGAGGAGGCGCUGGAGUGGGCGGCGGCGGAGCUGGCAGCGGAGGGCAAGCUGCAGCCGCUGAGGAACGACGAAGCCCGCGCUGUGUUCGAAGCUGGCAACGUGGCGGCACUGUACUGGCUGCUGUGCCGGCGCCUGCUGCCGCCGCCGCCGCCAGUGGGGCCUUGGUGGAGCCCGUACCUGCCCGGUGGCUGCUCCGGGCUGGGUGCGAGCGAGUUCUGGCCAGGAGCCCGACACGCCGCAGUUUGAUUCAGGCUGCCCGCACCUGCAGCCACAGGGACAGGAGCAGGGGAGCCAGCGCUGCUGCUGGGGAGCAGGUGUGUGGCAGGAGGUAGCGAGGGAUGCGGCGACUGUUGCGGCGGAGGCGCGGGCUCGCGGCGGGAGCAUGUUGGCGCCACACCAGCAGCGAUGGCUGGAGGCGAAGGCGCAGGCAUGUGUCGAGAGUGCGGCAGGCGGUGCGUGCAGGUGCGGGUGUAUGUGAUCCGGGGCUGUAGGUGCUUGCGGACAUGCAGGUGUGGAGCGUGCCGUGCCGUACCUCACAGGCGGGGGCGUGCCGUACCUCACAGGCGGGGGCGUGCCGUACCUCACAGGCGGGGGCGUGCCGUACCUCACAGGCGGGGGCGUGCCGUACCUCCUAGGGCCCGGUGUGGCCCUGUGCCGCGGCCCGCGGGCGCGCCUGGUGCGUGUGCCGCACACUCAGGAUUCUUUUCUUUAAGCCGUCAGCAUGCUUACAGCCAGCAAAAUAAUAACUCCCGGUGGCAAAAUAAUAACUCCCAGCGCCGGCAGCGCUAGCUGGCGCAGCAGGGCUACGGUAGUUUAUUUCUUGAGACGGAUAGAAUUGGUCGUUGCGGUGCCAGUGUGGUUGCUCGAGACGAAUGAGUGUGCGAUGGGACAGUGUUAAGGCAGGUUGGUGAAGUCCGUGAGUAGGGUGCAGCUGAUUCCCAGACCCCAGCAGAUGGCAAACAAUUUGGAACGCCAGUGCAGGAGAGUACAGGUAAUGGUCAUUGCGGUUCCACAGUUGACUCGGGCGGGCCGGCAAGCGGCGGUGUGUACCCUACUGCUAGGUAUGUUGGGUGGUAACUGGUAGGGCUGUCUGCAGUCAACUGUCACACCGGCUCUUUCGGUGUGCUGCUCGAUUGGAGUGCGCUGUUGCACAUGCGGUAGGCCGGCGGCUGGGUGUGCGAUGGGACGACAGGGUAAGGCGCAGGCUGGCGACCUGGCGUGCCGCACUGCUACGUGCUCGAUUGAUGAUGUUGGAGUUGGUGACAAGUUGUAGUUUGGCAUUAGGCACUCAGUAUCGAAUCGGCUG